AAGGGGCUCAUUCAAAGUGCCGAAAGCCUCCUCCCGGGACUUGGCGGCGGCGGCGGCGGCGGCGGCACCCCCGGGCCAGGGGCGGGCAGCUCCGGACGGCCGGAAGGUUAUCUUGUGUGAAACGCUCUGCUCUUUGGAGUGAAUUUCUCCCGAUCAUGAUGGCCCUGCUCGCUUUCUGACCCAGAAGUUCGUUAGAAAUGUCAAGAAACAUCUUAGAAGUGAUUUGAAACGGUGGACAUUUCAACACUACCGCAGAAAUUCAGGCACCUUUUCUUCAAUACGUUUUGGUUCUUAAUGGAUUGUAUAACAGGUUAAAGUAGUUCAGUUGUUCAGAAUUUUGCUGGGGUUUUUUUUUUUUCCAAAAUUAAUACUCUCAUACCUGACCUGUAAAAUGUUUGAUUUGUGAUUUCAGUAGUUUAAACAGUUCCAAAGUACUGUUUAAAUAUCACCAGAAUUUCGUGGCAGAUAUUUUUACGUACAUAUCUUAGGUAUUUUGAUGUCUGUCCUUAUUUUGCAAUGGGAUCUCUUUUUUAAAUGAAGAGAUCUUUAGAUCUCAGUGUUUUCUUUUUCCUCCUCUCUCUUAUUUAAGUGCAUUAAAAAUGUUGCUGUUAAUCAGCCAUGUGGUGGUAUUGAGAUAGCUCUUACUGUUUCUCCGUAUAUAUGCUGAUGUUUAGGAAUGCCCUUCGAUUCCGAUGUGAAUUUUUUUUUGUUUUUGCUUUUUGUGUCAUAAAACGGAUAUUUAUUUCACCUGGAGUGGAUGCUCACCAUAGUGACAUGUACGAGGAAUAAAAAAGAAGAGCGACUCUGGAAGAUUUUGCAUUCUUAGCUCUGGAAUUAGCUGUGUAAAUCCUUUAGAACAAAUGGAUGGGUAGCUGACUUCAAGUAACUCUAUGUCAAAUAGCUACAGGUCAAGUACCUUCCUGGAACUUGGAUAUUACUACAAAGGAUACAAAAUAAACAAUCAAACUGGAAAACACAAAGAUUACAGAGAAAAAACUAACACCUUCCUGUGCAGUCCCAUUGGAUUUUGGUUGUGGAUCAGUGGAUCCUGGAGUGGAGUCGACAAACAUCUACUCAGCGUUGGAUAACCACCCUCCAGGGCCCAGAAAUCUGAGUCCCAGCAUCACCCAACCUAGCUCAUCCUAAUCUCGGGCCUGGUGGGGUCCGAUCCUGGCGCCAUCACUAGUGAACACUACAGGAAUCUGAAGAGAGGCCUCGCCAAAACAGGAGGAGGGACUUGCCAUGAGGUGUUGAAGCCUUGUUUCCCCGAGUUGGAGAGACUGGACCUAAAUGGCGCAGCAUGACUUUGCUCCAGCCUGGCUUAAUUUUCCUACUCCACCAUCAUCAACAAAGUCAUCACUGAAUUUUGAAAAGCAUUCUGAAAACUUCCCGUGGGCAGAGAAUCGCUAUGAUGUUAAUCGUAGACGGCACAACUCUUCAGAUGGCUUUGAUUCUGGUAUUGGACGUCCCAAUGGAGGUAAUUUUGGAAGGAAAGAAAAAAAUAGUUGGCGUACACAUGGCAGAAAUGGUACUGAAAACGUAAAUCAUAGAGGAGGCUACCAUGGUGGAAGUUCCCGUUCUCGUAGCAGCACUUUCCACUCUGGAAAAAACCAAGGAUUGCACGAAAACAACGCCCCCAAUAAUGAAACCGAGAAAAAAGAAGAUAAGGAAGAACGCAAAAAAUUUGAGGCUGAGGAUUUUCCAUCUUUAAAUCCUGAAUAUGAACGAGAACCAAACCAGAAUAAAUCUUUAGCGGCAGGUGUGUGGGAAUAUCCUCUGAAUCCUAAAUCUAGAGCUCCAAGAAUGCUCGUCAUUAAGAAAGGGAGUACAAAAGACUUGCAGAUAUCUGGAUUCCCGGUAGGAGGAAAUCUCCACUCUCAGCCAGUUAAGAAUGGGACUGGCCCAAGUGUUUAUAAGGGCUUAGUCCCUAAACCUGCCGCUCCCCCUUCAAAGCCUAUACAGUGGAAAAGCCAAACUAAAGAAAAUAAGCUUGGCACUUCUUUUUCCCACGAGUCCACGUAUGGCAUUGGCAAUUUCAAUUCUUUCAAGUCAACAGCCAAGAACUUUAGUGUAUCACCAAAUUCUGUGAAGGAGUGUAAUCGCUCAAAUUCCUCUUCUCCUGUUGACAAACUUGGUCAGCCUCGUCUAACCAAACUGACUCGAAUGCGUACUGAUAAGAAGAGUGAGUUCUUGAAAGCAUUGAAAAGGGACAGAGUGGAAGAGGAGCACGAAGAUGGAAGUCAUGUUGGGCAGGAGAAGGAUGAUGAGUCAUUUAAUUUGCAUAAUAGCAACAAUCCUCACCACGAGAGAGACAUAAACCGAAACUUUGAUGAAAAUGAAAUUCCUCAAGAAAAUGGGAAUGCUUCAGUGAUUUCCCAGCAGAUCAUUCGGUCGUCCACCUUCCCGCAAGCAGAUAUACUUUCAAGUUCACUCGAGGCAGAGCACAGGUUGUUAAAGGAGAUGGGUUGGCAGGAAGACGGUGAGAAUGAUGAAACAUGUGCACCACUAACUGAAGAUGAAAUGAGGGAGUUCCAGGUCAUUAGUGAACAGUUACAAAAAAAUGGCCUCCGAAAAAAUGGCAUUUUGAAAAAUGGCCUGAUCUGUGACUUCAAAUUCGGACCGUGGAAAAACAGCACUUUCAAGCCCACUAUCGAGAAUGACGACACAGAGACGAGCAGCAGCGACACAUCCGACGACGACGACGUGUGACUUCCCUCACAGCUUUAGAAGUGUUAGCGUGAUACAUCUCAUACCGUUCGGGGGUGAAUUGUAAAAACGAAGAACUCUCAUUUAUGUAGUAAAAUGCCCCGUUAGAAGAAGAUUCUCUGGGGACUUCUUUACGAAGAGAACCAAGAAUGUUGUGUUGGGCCGUGUUGAACAUUACUAUAAUUUCUUUGUAAAUGAAUGUUGUAGAAAUGAGGACUUUGGUUGAUCCAGCGUUGACUCUCUUCAUCACUGCAGCAUUUCUCUGACUAGCAAUGUGACGAUGUAACAAAUGAGAUUGUUUCUCAUUUAAUAAAAAAUGUGUCAUGUUUUGCAAAGCUUCUGUCUUAAAAUGUCGAGGUCUUUAAAGAAAAAAGGGCAACUUAACAAACACUGUUUCGCUUGCGGUCAUAUUUCUUUCUUACAAUGAAAAUCCUCAAGGCCACUUUGUACGCUAAAAAAUGGACAAUGUAGCAUGUUGGCUAAAAUUGGAGCAAGUGCACUAAAACUUUUUUUUUCUGAACUGAGCUGUUGUACUGUUCCCUUUUUGAAACAUCAUUGCUCUUUAGCCAUUUGUAGUGCAGUAACUGUUAAGGAAAAGACUCUCGCCAAACUUCCUUAAGAUUUCUAGAUACGAUCUGAAAUCAAGAGCUUUCGGUAGGUUCGCCGCAAGACCCAGGAUUUUCAGAGUAGAUGAUGAGAAAGAAUAUUGUGGGAAGAUUUGCAGAUUUUGAUAAAUGACUACACGUGCAGAAAAACUGACUACACUGACUGGAUCUGUCCACUACCCGGAAAAUAAAACUGGAUUUUCAGAA